AUGGCAUCGCCGUCCGGUGCAGAUAAAGUGAAAACCAUCCGAGCCUAUUAUAAACUAUGUCAAAAAGUUGAACACCGUCCAAUUGUAUUGAAAGACAAAAUGUUCUUCACCACACUUCCCUCACUGUUAUUCGACGAAAGCCCAGAUGUGGUUCGAUAUGUUGUAAAAAUUUUACUUUUGCUCACUGAACAAGCGGAUGAUGCUGAAGUUUUGCUGAAAUCUGAGGAAUUAUUGACGGCGCUUUCAACAGCUUGUGAAAAAAUAACGAAUCCAUCCGUCAACUAUAAUGUUAUGUUGAUUUCUUCAAGACUUCGAGCGAUUCAGAACUCGAUUAAAGCCCGUGAAGAAGCAGCUGUAUUGGAACCAUUGGUAAAUGCUGUGAAGGAAAUGGACAAAGGCGGAACUUUGCACAGAAAGUUUGUUGGUAGAAAAUCGAAGCAAAUUGUUUUUGAAUUCGAUGCUGAAGAAUUCAAUGAGGUAAUAAUUAUUCAAAAGUUAGUUUUAACGUUGAAAAAACAAAAAAAUUCCAGGUUCUCAAACGUGAAGUUGAACGAAGUCUUUUGAAAAAGAAAGGUGUUAUCAGUGUAUAUUUAACCGAUAUGUCAACACAUCCAAGAGCAGUUUUACGAACUUCACCAACUAUUGAAGCAAAAGAAAUCGCUCAACUAAUCUUUUCAUGUGGAUGUGAAUAUGUUUCGCAAAUCGUAAAAGUCGAGGGAGUCGAAGAGAAAUUCGAAAUGUAUGCCAGCGACUUUGAACACAAGGUAAGAAGAAGAAGAUUUUCAGAUAAUUUGAGAUAAUGUUUUUUUCUCUUCAGGUAAAAGAAGUCGAUUAUCCCGAAUAUUUGGAUGACGAACUUAUGAAAGUCGAUCCAACUAACUGUGUUAUAACUAAUGAAAUGGCAGCACACGCAAAUGCAAAUGGCGGAAAUGGAUGGUUCAACUCAAUUUCCUCAUUUGUCAAAACAUCAUUCUGGUAA